AUGACAGAAAUACAGAAUGUUAGCAUUGGCACUGAGUUGAAAGAUGGAUUCAAAACCACUAAUAAAUGGCUUCUGAACAAUCUAUCGUGGUUGACAGAUAUCGAAUAUUUCUACAAACAGCGUGCCCUCAUUGAAAAAGAAUACGCCACCAAACUUCAAGCUUUGUGUUCGGAAUCAUUCAAAAGAAAGGCCAAAUGCACCACCGUGGUCAGCGUGGGUGACGAGCCAACAAUCACUCCCGGAUCACUUGAGAACUCUACCAUGGUUGUCUGGAAUGAGAUUUUGAAUAAAACAGAAUUGAUUUCGAAAGACAAGAUGAAGUUUGCCAAUGAUAUGAACGUCAACGUUGCUGAUAAGAUCACAAAUUUCAAGAGAACUGCCGAGACGUUACAAAGGAAGUACGGCGAAUUAAAUGAUUUGAUUAUCAAGGAAAAAGAAACUGCGGUGAGUGAUUUGAAGAAAGCAAAACACGGAUAUGACAGUUCUUGCGAAGAUGUGGAGCAUGUCAGAUCAAAAAUCGAGAAAUCACUGAAGGAAAAAUUGCAGAAGAAAUUGGGAGAAAAAGAAGUGAAAAUGAAUAUUAGUAAAAACUCUUACUUGAUUAAAAUCAAUCAAGCUAAUAGAUUGAAAGAUAAAUUCUAUUAUCAAGAUUUGCCAGAAAUUUUGGAUGGCCUACAAGAUCUUAAUGAGUUCAAAACCAUUGAAUUGGGAAAGAUUUGGAAAGAUUGCAUUACCUUGGAAACCGAUUGUAAUAACUCUCUUAAUCAACAUUUACAAUCAUCAGUGGAAAUAAUUGAUAAGAAUAAUUAUCAGUUAGAUACUAUCAUGUUUAUCAAGCACAAUCUUUCACAAUGGAACGAACCACCAGAUUUCUAUUAUGAACCAUCCCCAAUAUGGCAUGAAGAUGAUGAUAUGGUUGUGAAGCCUGACGAAUUAAAUGAUUUGAAGAAAAAAGUGGAUCAGGCAAAUAAAAAAUAUUCGGAAUGCGAUCGUACUUGCGAAAAUCUUCAAGUCAAAAUCAGCGAAGUCAAUCAAAUCAAGAUGGACAUGAAAAAGAAUGGGAACGUUGAUGAAAAAUAUAACAAGAAAUUCUCGUAUUAUCUUGACGAAAAUAUUCAAUGUUUGAAGUUGUUUGUGGUCAGUGAUAAUAAGAAGGUUUCUGCGGAAGUGGAGCUUGAAUAUAUCCAGUCAAACGUUGGUGACCAAGAUUUGACCAUAACCGGGCCGAUAGAACAAAAGAAAAAAGGCCAUUUGAGUUUUUUCAAAAGAGGCAAUAAACAAGGGACGAAAACCAAUGGUUCUAGUGGCGACGUCGCUAGUAUUUCCACUAACACUAGUGGUGAAGUUGCUUCAUUAGCUUCGGAAAGAAGAAGUGUCAGCGGUGGAGGCGGCGGCGGUGGAAUCAAGUCAAUGAUGGCAUCGAGAUUUCAUCAUUCAAGUGCGCCAUCUGGUGGAAGUGAGAAAAUCACUAUUGAUGAGGGGAAAGCCUUGUACGAAUAUCAGGCUACCGCUGAUGAUGAAGUGCAAAUGAAGGCUGGAGAAACUUUUGAGGUUACAGAAACGGAUGAUGGCUCAGGAUGGACCAAAAUCAAAAAAGAUAAUGGUACGGUAGGAUUAGUACCAACUUCGUACAUUGUCAUCAACAAAGUUCAGAAAACAAUUUCUCGAGCACCUUCAGGAAUUAGUGCUCCACCUAGUAGGAAAUCAUCUGUGCCUCCAAAGGUUGCCCCAAAAAGGGGUGCAAAAAAGCUACCUCAGGCUAAAGCAUUAUACGCAUACCAAGCGGAAGGUGAUGAUGAAUUGUCCUUGAUUGCUGGAGAAACAAUUGCCAUUACAGAGGCGGAUGAUGGUUCAGGAUGGACUAUGGGGGAACUGAAGGGUGCCAAGGGGUUAUUUCCAACCAGUUAUGUCCAAUUUUUGUGA